AGAGCAAAACAGAGCACACCCCUCUCAAAUUUCGUUUGACCCCAUGCCAGUAUGCCACUCUCCUAGCACCCGCGCUCUUCCUUCCAGCCACCACGAUCUCCCGCCAUGUCCCGCCUCGACGCCGCUUCCCUCCUCCUCCCUUCGCCUCCGCCGAUCAAACCCCAUCGCCGGGGCGGGCGCCUCCUCCCGUCCGCGCUAGCCGUCCUCGGCGGCGCCGUGGUUCUCGUCGUCUUCGUCCUCCUCCCUUCCCCUCCGAACCCACCCCGCAACUACGGCUCCCUCUUCCUCUCCCUCGGCUCCAACGACACCGCCGCCUCACACCUCCGCGCGCUCACCCUGCACCCCCACGUCGCGGGCACCAAGGCCAACUCCCUCACCGCCGCCUACGUCCUCCACGCGCUCUCCUCCCUCUCCUUCCCGGCGCACAUCACGCCCUACUCCGUCCUCCUCUCCUACCCCGUCCACCGCUCCCUCUCCCUCUCCACGGCACCCGGCGGCCGCGGCAGCACCAAGUCAUUCUCCCUCGUCCAGGAAACCUACCCCAACGACCCUUACGCGCCCGCCGCGGCCGAGGUGAUCCCGACCUUCUUCGCCUACUCCGCCUCCGGGUCCAUGUCGGCCGAGGCCGUGUACGCCAACUACGGCCGUGAGGAGGACUUCGCCUACCUCGCCUCCCGCGGCGUCGACGUCGCGGGCAAGGUGGCGCUCGCGCGGUACGGGAGGAUCCACUGCGAGGACAUCGUGUACAACGCGCGCGUGGCGGGCGCCGCGGCCGCCGUGGUCUACACCGACCCGCUGCAGUACGGCGGCGCCCCCGGGGAAGGGUCGUUCCCCAACACGCGGUGGCUGCCGCCGACCGGUGUGCAGGUGGGCAGCCUGUUCCGAGGCGUGGGCGACCCGACGACGCCGAUGUGGGCGUCAUCGGAGGGGUGCGAGCGCGUGAGCGUGGAGGACGCCAUGGCCACCGACGACAUGCCGCGCAUCCCGGCUCUCCCGGUGUCGGCGCGGGACGCCACGGAGAUCCACCGGGUUCUAGGCGGUGCCGUGGCGCCGGUGGAAUGGCAGGGCCGGGGGGACGGCCCCGUAUAUCACCUUGGCCCCGGGCCGGCCGUCCUGAACCUGACUUACGCCGGGAAUGAUACGAUGGCAACGAUUGAGAACGUCUUCGCGGUCAUCGAAGGCGAAGAAGAGCCGGACAGAUAUGUUAUCCUGGGUAACCAUCGUGACGCCUGGACGUUUGGAGCCGCUGACCCCAACAGCGGAACAGCUGCUAUGAUCGAGUUGGCUCACCGGUUUUCGAUGCUGCAAAAGCAAGGAUGGAGACCUCGAAGGACCAUUAUUUUGUGUAGCUGGGAUGCGGAAGAGUACGGAUUGACAGGAUCAACUGAAUGGGUUGAAGAAAACAGGGAGAUGCUUUCUUCGAGAGCUGUUGCAUAUCUUAAUGUUGACGUUUCAGUAGUUGGUCCUGUGUUCCAACCAUGUACGACUCCCCAACUGGAUGAGCUUCUCCUGGAAACAAUUAAAUUGGUUCAAGAUCCUGACAACUCAUCUCAGACGGUGUAUGAUUCAUGGGUGAAAUCCAACGUUUCUCCCAAGAAGAUUGGACGAUUAGGCGAUGGAGGAUCAGAUUAUUCAGCAUUCGUCCAACAUGUGGGUAUUCCAUCCACCAACAUGAUAUUUGGAGAAGGGCCAGGAUAUCCAGUUUACCACUCUUUAUACGAUGACUUUGUAUGGAUGGAGAAGUUCGGAGAUCCUGGGUUCCGUAGGCAUGUUGCAGCUGCUAGCAUCUGGGGAAUUAUGGCUUUGAGGCUUGCUGAUGAAGAAAUCAUACCCUUUGAUUACAUGUCCUACACAGUCGAACUUGAGAAAUAUACAGAAGUUGUAGAGCGUGAUGUCAGGGGGACGCCUAUCAGUUGUUCCCCAUUGUACAACUCAAUCAAAGCUCUGAAAAGGGCAGCUACAAAAGUAAACAAUGAACGAAAGGAAAUUCUAAGGGAACUGUCGAGAAAGCAACUGAGCAAGGGUUCGUCGAAGGUCCGUGGGCUCAACGACCGGCUUAUGCAGGCAGAACGAGCCUUCACUAACAGGGAAGGUAUCUUCAAGCAAGAAUGGUUCAAGCAUCUGAUCUAUGGGCCUUUAGAACAGAACGAUUGGGAUACCGCGUCAUAUCCUGGUAUAGCCAAUGCCAUAGCCGCGGCGAGGAGCACCAACACUUCAGCGUCAUGGAAGCUCGUGGAGCACGAGAUUCAUAGAGUCGCCCGGGCGGUAAUGCAGGCAUCUGCUGUGCUUGGUGGCAGCCUGACAUGACAGCACUGGACAAUGGAGUCCGCAGUGUACGGACCGUAGAUAUGGAAGGAACACAUUGUUUGAUCAUGUUUGCAGUCGAAGGAUAAUCUUGCCCAUUAAUCCUCUGGGUAAUAUGAUCAUGGAUGGAUAAGAAGAAGAUGUAGCUGUACAUAUGCAUGUGCUUUGGAUGGAUGUAUUGGAUUUUACAAGAAGUAGCUUUAUUGAUUCUCGGCUAGGAUCAAGCCGAUACAGCCGCAUAAAUGUUAGACACCUGGCUGUUUUCUUACAUGAUGCACGCGCUCAUGCAAGGAACUAAAGAUAAACAUUAUGUGAACUAUGCGUUGGGUAAAGACCUCACUGAUCGUUCGCUCGACUCUUCGUAUAAGAA